AUGGAGAAAAAGACACUAUUAGGAAAAAGGAGACAGUUCAAAGAGCUUCUCAGGGGCCUAGCAAGUAUACACCUUGACCACAAAUACAGCGACCUUACCAUUGUGUGUGGCGACAAAGAAUAUGCCGUGCACAAGUGCAUAGUCUGCCCAAGGUCGGAUUUCUUUGCGAAAGCUUGCGAUGGUGGAUUCGAGGAAUCGGUCACAAACAGGGUUGUACUAGAAGAAAAGCCGGACCUAAUCGAGCGGAUGAUUGACUUUCUGGGCACCCAAGAUGGAGAAAACCCGGAGGAUAGAUUGGAAGAGCUUGAUGACAUAGACGAAGAGGCAGCGACCGCGUGCAAUACCCUGUCGCUUCAUAUCUUGAUGUACUCGCUCGCUCGCCGACUACUCAUCCAUGGGCUCAAGGCUCUCUCUAAGGACAAGUUUGAGAAAGAGCUGGCUCGGGUGCGGCUGGACUCAAGCACGUUCCCGCACAUUAUCUCUGGGAUAUACGGCUCAACACCCGAAAGCGACCGAGGUCUACGGGACCCUCGCAUUGAAAAUGACGGUGGAUAA